CACGGUUUUAGAGCUUACAAGGAUGGCGACGUAAUAAUUGGGGGUCUGCUCAGCAUACGCUUACCAGAGGGUGAUGAUCACUGCGGUAAUCUUUUCACAACUGGACUGGGGCAUGUAGAAGCUGUAAUAUUCGCUAUUGAAAGCAUAAACAAGAAUCCCGUUCUUCUUCCAAACGUGACACUCGGAUAUGACAUACGAAACUACUGUUUUAGCACGGACAUGGCUGUGAAAAUAGCCUAUAACUUCAUGCAAGAUAAUUCUGCAAAGGACAAUACCAUGCAAAACGGAUCCAAGCCGAUCUCAGUGCUUAUUGGUCCUGACACUUCCGCCAGCGCAGUGCUGGUUGGAAGCUUUCUUCAAGUCGUUGACAUUCCUGCCAUCAGCUCAAUUGCCACAAGCGUAGACUUGAGUUCAAAAUUGCACGAAAACUUCUUCAGAACAGUUCCACCUGACAUCUGGCAGGCAAAGGUCAUGGCAGACAUUAUAGAACUCUUUAACUGGACAUACGUGGCGGCUGUGGGUUUGGAUGACUCUUACGGACGGAAUGGUAUUUGGGCACUAGAGAAAGAAUCAUACAACAGAAAAACCUUCUGCGUUGCCUUUUCGGAGCACAUACCACGACGAGACUAUGAUGAUAAGAUCAAGCAAACGGUUGCUAAGAUUAAGCUCAGGUCUAAUAUCGGAGUGAUCGUCGUCUGGCUAGCAAGCGAUUAUGGUAGAGAAUUUUUUCGAGAGGCAACUAGUAAAAACCUUGUAGAAAAGACUUGGAUACUCAGCGACGCAUUGACCUCGGAAGAAGCUCUGUUACUUGACCCUAACUUCGCAAUGCUUGAUGGCUCCUUAGGAAUACAGCCACAUGACUAUCCAGUACCCGACUUUGAAGAGCAUCUUAAGAUUAUCACCCCUGCAAAAAGCCUUGAAAGAGGCAGGGAGUGGUGGGAGGAAUUCUGGAGAAUAGAAUUUAACUGCUCAGCAAUUGAUCUGGGACGAAUUCCAACUUGCGAAUCAAAUCUAACGCUACACAAUGCCCUAAAAAAGAUCCGGAACUCUUUCGUGUCGUAUGACAUUGACGCUGUUUACGCUAUUGCGCACGCUCUGGAUAACAUUAACCACAAUUUAGUUACGAAUAGAGAUAGUUCUUCCUCGAAACAGCCGAUUGUUAAGGGACGUGAUCUACAGAAGUAUCUCCGAAAUGUUAGUUUUGAUGGUUUAACUGGCAAAGUUCAGUUUGACAUGUUUGGUGAUCCUUUAUCUGCUUCAUACGACAUUAUUAACUUUCGAAGUAGAUCAACCACAGAGGGAGCUCGUAAAAAGAUUCGGAUUGGAGUCUGGGAUAGAGAAGGUACGCCUAGACUCAAUUUAAAUGUCUCGGGAUUACAAUGGAAAAGCCUCUCGACUCAGUUUUCGUUCUGUUCCUCAGAGUGCUUGCCUGGCACCAGAAAAGAAAUCACCGAGCCAUGCUGUUGGGAAUGUAAAAAGUGUCUACCUGGAACUAUCAGCACCGACAUUGGAUCCACCACCUGUACAAAGUGUGAGGUAGAGACAAAGUCAAAUGAAGGGCACACUGGGUGUGAGAAGUUACCUAUUGUCAACAUCACCUUCACAACCGCCACUGGAAUAACUAUUACAUUGGUGGCUUUCGUUGGAAUUAUCCUCACAUUGUUAGUCUGCGGUACUUGGGUCAAGUUUUACAAUACCCCAAUCGUGAAGGCUUCCAGCAGGGAAAUCUCUCUUCUCUUGCUGUUUGGCAUCUCAGCAGUUUUUAUUUUAGCCGUCCUUGAACUUGCAGAGCCCAGCAAAUUACUUUGCAGUGCAGCGACAUUCUGGCGUUAUUUCGCUCUCAAUAUUUGUAUUACGGUGCUGUUUUUGAAAACGAUGCGAAUCGCAAGCGUUUUUGAGGUUGAUAAAGUUGCGCAGUUAUUUGCACCGUGUUACAAAAACCUAAAAACGCAACUCGUCUUCCUUUUUGUUAUGAAUUUAACUGCCCUCUCUCUGUUGGCCCUGUGGAUCGUUCUGGAUCCUCCAAGGCGUAAAAAGAUCAUCCGCUCAGAUGAGUACAUCUUUAUUGUUUGCAAUUCUUUCGAGACAAACAUUGGUCUUGCACUGUUCAUCACAGUCUGUAGUUACACCUUAAUUGUGGCUCUCUUCUGCACAUAUUACGCUUUCAAAGCAAGAGGAAUUCCCGAGAACUUUAACGAAACAAAAUACAUAGGAUUCUCUAUGUACAUUCUACUAUUGUCAUCAAUAGCAUAUUACCCUGUGGCGUUUGCUUUUGACAGCUGGUACGUAACACUCGUAUCAUGUUCUACGGCGUUAAUAACUUCGUUUGGCUUGUUGGGCUGCAUGUUCGGACCAAAACUCUUCAUUCUUCUCUUCCGUCCCCAGCAAAACUCCAUGCAAAGCGUCAGGUCGCAGGUGAUGAAUUUCUCAUUUAAUAACGUAACGGCAACAAGAGUUUUCCCUGCUCCGAUCAAUGAUGGAGUACCCAACGUUGCUCUGGAGUGA